AUGGCGCCUCCACGAACCGUCUCGUCCGCCUCAUCCACAUCAACUAUAGCCGAACCCAACCAAGCUCGAAUCCCUUCCAGGACCUUGGGCGUCACGUCUACCGUCGACCAAGCUCAGCUUUUGAGCCACAACUAUGCAGGCAACGGUUCGCCAGAGACCCCGUUCCUGGUUGAGUUUCUACCAACCGAUCCCCAGGACGCGACGGCCUUUUCGGCAUGCAAGAAGUGGCUGAUCACUACGCACCAAGCGGUCGCGACGCUAGCGGUGACAUUUGCAAGCUCAGCGUACUCCGGUGGGGUCAGAGAGAUUAUUCGCUACUUUGGCGUGUCUCAUGAAGUCGCCACGCUGGGUGUCUCUCUCUUUGUGUUGGGUUUCGCUCUGGGCCCGCUCGUCUGGGCGCCCUUUUCCGAACUAUACGGGCGACAGCGGAUCUUCAUCAUCACGUUGAUGGCGAUAACGGCGUUCAAUGCGGGGUGUGCGGGCACGGAUGCCAUCUCCGCGUUGCUUGUCUUGCGCUUCUUCGCUGGUGCGUGUGGGUCGUCGACGUUGGCGAAUGCUGGGGGUGUGAUAGCGGACAUGUUUGAGGCUUCCCAGCGUGGACUGGCGAUGAGUGUCUUUGCCAUGGCUCCAUUUUUGGGGCCCGCGAUUGGUCCGAUUGUUGGUGGGUUCCUCGGCGAGACGGAAGGCUGGCGCUGGCUGCAUGGCUUGAUGGCCAUCUUCACGGGCGUUCUUUGGCUGCUGGGAACAUUCUUCGUCCCGGAGACUUACGCGCCUGUUCUCCUUCGCCGACGGGCGCGCUGGUUGUCCCACGUCACGGGCAAAGUCUACAUCUCGACCCUUGACGCGGGCAAGCCACCCGUGUCGAUUGUUCGCCAAUGUAAGAUUGCCCUGACACGGCCAUGGGUCCUGCUAUUCCAGGAGCCCAUUGUGCUGCUAACCUCCAUCUAUAUUGGUAUCAUUUACGGCACGUUGUACCUGAAUUUCGCGGGAUAUCCGAUUAUCUUCCAGCAAGACAGAGGCUGGAGUGCAGGCGUUGGCGGACUGCCAUUUAUUGGGACUGCGGUCGGCGUGAUCGUCGCCACACUCGCUGCGGUGUUUGAUAACACGCGCUUUCAGCGACUGUCUAUGGCUAAGAAAGGCCUGGCCGAUCCAGAGGAUCGACUCCCUCUAGCCAUGGUGGGAUCGGUGCUGAUCCCUGUCGGCCUGUUUUGGUUUGCGUGGACCUGCGAUGAGCCAAUUCACUGGGCGGUGCCGACCGUGGGCUCUGCUUUUUUUGCCUGUGGCGUUGUGGUCGUCUUCGUGUCGCUCCUCAACUACCUUGUUGAUUCUUAUGUCAUCUUCGCGGCUUCGAUCCUGGCCGCGAACUCGGUCUUGCGAUCCAUCUUCGGCGCCGCCUUUCCACUGUUCACGCGGAAGAUGUACGAGAACUUGGGAAACCACUGGGCCAGCUCGGUCCCAGCCUUCCUGGCCGUCGCCUGUGUCCCGUUUCCAUUCGUGUUCUACAAGUACGGCGCAGAAAUCCGGAUGAAAUGCAAGUAUGCAGCCGAGGCCGCAAAGAUCCUGGAAAAGAUGCGUGCUCGACGCGUGGAGAAGGAGGAGGUUUAA